GUGACAGCAGAUGUUCAGUUUUAUUUUAGCAUUUCCGCAACGAUGAAACUUCUGAAACGAAACGAUGUUGAGCGAAAAGGAGCGAGAAGGUUCGGCGAAAUUUUUGCAAGAUUUCCAAAAACAUGAACUUCUGUCACUCGUGGAAACGGUCACCAAUCGCAUGGUUGCCGUCCAGAACAAGCAAGAGGCCAUUGAUGCAAUUAUUCUACACUCGGAGAGCGCGCUCGAGCUUCUCAGAAGAAGGAGAGUGAAGAAAGAGUACCUCUUCCGUCACCUUGUAAAUGAGAAAGUUUCCGCAUCACCAUCUGCUGAUAAAGCAACGCUCAUCAGCAAGCUGCUGUCGCAUUGGGGAACGGACAUAUCUGGGCUACGUAUUGAAGAAGAUGUAAGAGAUUGGAGAGAGAGUCCUGCGAAAGACAGAACACCAUCCCCGGAUCUUACGUCAGAACGCAAACCAAGAAAUGCACAAGUACUCGCUGAACAAUUUGCCGCGUGGUUCUUCAACCAGCUUAACAUGCUCGGUCGAGCUAUGGCAAGCGAUACCCCAAGCGUCUGGGGACCGCACCACUUCUGGGAAGACUGUAAACUCAGGCUUUGUAUCACAACGUCCGAACAACGCGAUGAACGUUUCUUCGGCGCCGAGUGUGUAUCUCAGAGAUUUCAAAGCUUUGUUCGUGACGAGGGCUUGAUUUUUAACCCUAACAUUAGUCAUGAAGGAACGCAGGGGUUAGACGACCCUCACGGACUUGUGAUGGUUAGGGUUUGCGGGACUGUUCAUCGCUUUAAUGAGUGCUUGGGACUAUUUGAGCAACAGUUUGGACUCAUCCGAGAUCCUCUUAAGGAGAAUAACUGGAAGAUUAAGUUCAUCGAGAUGAAAAUGAAGCAGGCGACAGUUGAGAGGAUUCCGACAUUGCCAGCUGCAACAGACACAACGCUAGCUGUCAAGUAAAACAUCAACAGGACUUCAACCUAGGAAUGGCAUAGGGCAAGUUCGCGCAAGGACUAUAGUUAACCAUUGGUCGACUAAUGCUUGCCCGAACUAUGUCUAGUCGA